AUGUCAUACUUCCAUCAAAAUGACUUGUUUCGAGUUUUGAAUGAAGAUCACAAUCCUUAUUUGGAACUUUAUCAAGACCUUCGGCAUUCUUCUGGAGAAACAUACAGAAGUUAUAGGUAUCCUUAUGAUGUAUCAAAAUGUGAAGCUUUGGUCGACGAAAUCAAUACGAUCUGCCGAUUACAUACGAACAAAUACAACUAUAAUCUCCUUGUAACAAAAGAUCAGGAGGAGGCAAGAUCUAUCAAAAUCAUACAAAACUUCUUCCUAGGAAUCAGGAAUAAACGAAUCUUCACAUACUUGAAAAACCAUGUACUAGAACUAUCAAAGAAAAAUCCUCUCAUUUUACUCAAACUCGUGAAUCAAGCCCAAGCCGAAUUAUUCGAAAAAAAUAAUUUCCUGCUGGUUUUCCGUUUAGAUGGUAAACAAUUUCCUCCAAACAUCGUUUACAAAUUAUUUCUCAGGCAAGAUACAAUAAACAUAUUGACUCUGAAAGCUACAGGAGGCCACGAAAAAGAACUUGAAAGACAAAUUCACCAUAGUGGGUGGUACAGUUUCAAUGUAUACAAAUGCAAUAUGUGUAAAACCGUGGUUAAGAUGAGGCCAAUGAAGAAAAUCAAGCAGAAGAAGAAAAGGCCCGAGGAUAACUAUCUUUCAUGGAUCCAAGAGAUGUAUUGA